CCCGGAUGUAGGUCAACAUCGUUUAUAAAUUCACCUAUUAUCGCCCACAACAACUUUUAAACUUGGGCUCAUGAUUUCUACGUUAUUAUCGAAAUAUGUCGGUGACACUGCACACUGAUGUGGGAGACAUAAAGAUUGAAGUCUUCUGUGAUCAAAUCCCAAGAGCAUCUGAGAACUUCUUAGCUCUAUGUGCCAGUGAUUACUACAAUGGAUCCCUCUUCCAUAGGAACAUCAAGGGAUUUAUGGUCCAAACAGGAGAUCCAACAGGCACUGGUAAAGGAGGAGACAGUAUCUAUGGCAAAAAGUUUGAUGAUGAAUUUGAUGACAAUUUGAAGCAUGAUAAACGAGGAAUAGUUUCCAUGGCGAAUAAUGGUUCCAACAAAAAUGGCUCUCAGUUUUUCAUAACAUAUGCUAAGCAGACGUCUCUCGAUUUGAAAUACACCAUUUUUGGAAAAGUUAUUGAUGGCUUUGACACAUUAGACGAAUUAGAAAAACAGCCAGUAAAUGAGAAAAGCUACAGACCUUUGAAUGAAAUCAGAAUUAGAGACAUCACCAUACAUGCUAACCCUAUAGCAGGGUGA